AUGGCGCGCACAAAGCAAACGGCCGUCAAACGCGAAUCGUCGUCUGAAUUCUUCAAUAAGCAGUCGGCGACAUGGGAAGAUAGCAAUGGAAAACAGGUCAAGGCCACGAAUGGGCACGCGGUGGCUGCAACGGCGGUGGCGCAAGAGUCUGCAAAGGGCGAGGCGGGUAUCGUUCAGCUUGUGAUUGCUGUUUCUGGCAUCUACGCUUCCUUCUUGACUUGGGCAUAUCUCCAAGAAAAAUUGACCACAAGGACUUACGGCCCGGCCAGCGCACCAGAGGUCUGGCGCUUCCCCGUCUUCCUCAACACCAUCCAGUCGCUCUUCGCCGCGGCCGUUGGCUUCGUCUACCUCUUGGUUUCGACUCCGAAAGGCGCCCCCGUGCCGUCGAUUUUCCCCUCGCGUCGCAUCCUCGGGCCCCUCAUGCUCGUCGCCAUCACAAACAGCCUGGCCAGCCCCUUUGGCUACGCCAGUCUCGCGCACAUUGACUACAUCACGUUCCUGCUGGCCAAGAGCUGCAAGCUGCUGCCCGUCAUGUUCCUCCACAUCACAAUCUUCCGGAAGCGCUACCCGAUUUACAAGUACACCGUCGUGGCCGCCGUCACUGCUGGCGUGGCCGUCUUCACGCUCCACUCUGAUCGCAAGGCCAAGAAGUCGAAGCUGUCGGAGGAGGCGAAUCUGCCCUGGGGACUGCUGCUGCUGAGCAUCAACCUCCUGUUUGAUGGCCUCACCAACAGCACUCAGGAUUACAUCUUCCAGACUUUCCGCCCCUUUAGCGGGCCGCAGAUGAUGUGCGCCAACAACAUCAUGAGCACCGCCGUGACGUCCCUGUACCUCGUUGCCAGCCCUGCGCUCGUCUCCCUUGGAAUUGGCGAGUGGCUCGGCAUGGACGUCGCCGGCAGCGCUGGCGAGAUGAACGCCGCCAUUGACUUCAUGACAAAGUACCCUGCUGUGUGGAAGGACGUGUUGGGCUUUGCAGCUUGCGGUGCCCUGGGCCAGGUCUUUAUCUUCUACACCCUUUCUACAUUCUCAUCCGUCUUGCUCGUCACCGUGACCGUGACCCGCAAGAUGUUCACCAUGAUUCUCUCAGUCGUCGCCUUUGGCCACCGCCUCACGCAGAUGCAGUUGCUCGGAGUCGGCCUCGUCUUUGGCGGCAUCGGUGUCGAGGCUGCCAUUGCCAGGAAGGAGAAAAUUGCAAAGGAAGCUGCCAAGGCGGGGAAAUCUUCAUAA